CGGGUUAUAGACAGCUUGAAGUUUCCGGAAAUGGAUGCCAGACGAGACGGCAUUGUUGAGGCGCACGAAGAUACGCUGCAUUGGAUCUUUGAGGCGACCACCGCUCCUACACUACAAGUGCAGCAAGGAGACUCUGAAGCUCACCAGGACAGCAUCUACUGGAUCCGUGGGAAGCCUGGAUCGGGAAAGUCAACCUUUGCGAAGUUCUUGCGGACUCACUCUAAAACACAAGACAGACUUUACGAUUGGGCCGACUCCUACGGCAAAGAGGUUCUGAUCACAGACCACUUCUUCUGGAUUGCAGGCACUCCUCUGCAGAAGUCGUACCUCGGCAUGUUGCGCCAUCUGCUCUACGAAGUACUCGCGGAUAACCCAUCACUUGUGCCUUAUGUUUGUCCGCGGCAACAGAAGCGUGGGCCGACCGCAUGGUCUGUUGUGGAGCUCAGACAGCUCGUGAAGGCAGCUUUGCAAAACUGUGAUAAGUACGUUUGUAUCCUUGUAGAUGGCAUGGACGAGUGCGAGACAGAAGGUCAAGACACAGCAUCGCAGCACCGCAGCAUGCUCCGCGAUCUGAAAGACCUGGCCGCCUUACCUAAUGUGAAGAUGAUCCUUACCAGUCGCCCAUGGUCGGCUUUUGAAGCCGCUCUUGGAGGCCGUCCAAAUGUAACGACGAUGGAUCAGAUCAACCGUUAUGACAUCGUGAACUAUGUCAAGGCUGAGCUACUCGAAGCCUCUACUGGCCAACUUCCCACCGACCUUGACUGGUCAUCGUUCUACGAUGAUCUCGAGCUGAUUGACAAAGCGGACGGUGUCUUCUUGUGGACGGUGCUGAUCGCCAGGAAGAUCUGCGACUGGUUGAGAUCGCGAGACUCAGUUGAACGCCUACGCGAACGACUUGAGGCUAUUCCCUCGGAUCUUGAGGGGUAUAUGCGCCAGAUGGUCUUCGAGCGCAUCUCAUCCACAUUCCGUGAC